UUACGACCAAAUUUGAAACUAAACGCUCGGAUAUAAACAAAUACUAUUUGACAAGUGUAACUUGAAGAAUUUUAUUUUGAAUUAAAAUACUAAUUUUCUCUAUAUUUCUAUAAAUUUGGAAAUGUAUUAUCAAUAUUGAUUGUCAAUAAUAAUUUCCAAUGGAAGUAAAAACUGAUUCGAAAAUGACUAUUGAUCAACAAAAUAUUAAAUUACCAACACUUUCAAAUAAAAAUAGUCAAGGAUAUAUUCAGGAUUUAAGAAAGCUUAAAAAGUUCGAAUUAAAAGAUCUCUUGGAAAGACAAGAUAAAUUACUUUCUAACAAAUUUGUUAUUUCCAAACUAUCUGAUAAAGGUGAAAAGAUAAGAAAUUUAAAGGAAAAAAUUUUAAAAGAACUUGAUCAUCGCAAUGAAGUUGAUGAUGCAGCUCGUCUUUUAUCAAAAUUAAAUAUUGCUAAAGAUGGCAAAUCAGCAAUGAAUCAAUUAGAAUGGACUGGAAAGUAUUCUGAUGCAGAUGUCGAGGAAAAAAUUGUUGAAUUAGACAGCGAUGAUGAUGAGGAUCCAAUUAAAAUUCUCGCUCAGCCCACAGGAACUGGUGUUCAUAAAAAGAAAAUUAUUCAUUUACCAAAAGAAGAGGAAAGUUUAAUAAAACCAGAAGAUUUGAAAAGAAUUGAAUCAUUCAAUUUGAAUAAAUCAGAUGAUUUAGAACAUGUGAAGCAUAUUAUUAAUAUUGUUGAAAAUCCUGAUAAUGAAAAUACUAGAGUAAAAUUUAUGCCUUAUAAAACAACAAAGACAAAUGUCCACGAUCCAAUGAAGGAAAAAAUACGUAAAAAAGGCGAACAUUGGGAAGUUACAGCAGCUACACCACCACAUAUUAUUCAUGGAGCUGUUAAAUGUCUAAGUAUAAAUGAAUCUAUGCAAUUACAAAAGGAACAAGCUGAAAAACUUACCGUAAUUCAAUUGGAGCACGCAGCAAAACGUCUUGCGGAGAAAUUUGAAAUUCAAAAUAUUCCAUCAGUGCCAACUAAUUUGGAAAAUUAUCGCACAAAAGUGAAUUCAGACUCCGAAUCAUCAGAAGCAUCUGCAGAUGAAGAUGAUGAAGUAUACGAUGAAGAAGCAAUCGAAAAAGAACGAGCUGUCGUCUAUUCUAUUUCUAAUUUUGAUUAAUUAUAAAAAAAUCACGUUUUAAAUUUUAAUUAUCAAUAAAAUAUAUUUUUAUUAAA